CCCUGUUCUGUAGUUACCCGAUAUAUGUUAAAUAAAUGUGAAAUGUUCUAAGUAUCGUGUCCAUUCACUUCUCAGGCACUACUAACGUAAGAUUCACGGGAAUUUUACAUCUGGCGACGAGGAUGGGAUUGGAUUGAGAAUAAGUCCUGAGGAAACAGAAUAAGCACGAUCUUCACCGGUACCACGUGGAGCGAGAUCAAUGGCUACCUUCGGCUGCCUGGAAGAGUUCGACCCUACACACCCAAGUCAGUGGAUUUCUUAUGCUGAGAGGCUCGACGCAUAUCUAACUGCUAACAAUAUAGAAGACGAAGAGAGGAAGAAGGCUAUUCUGCUGACGGCAUGCGGACGAGAAACGUACAACCUGUUGAGGUCUCUUUUGUCUCCCAACUUGCCAACCACGAAAUCCUUUCAAGAAUUGAAGGACGUUUUGAGGUCACAUUUCGCUCCCCAACCUUCACGAAUUGUUCGUAGGAAUCAAUUCUAUAGACGUGAUCAAAAGGUGGAAGAAUCUCUGUCUGUCUAUAUUGCGGAGUUGCGUAGACUCGCGGAAUUUUGCGAAUUCGGUCCUCACUUAGAGGAGAUGUUAUGUGAUAGAUUAGUUUGUGGUCUGUUGGACGAGACGCUCCAACGUCGCCUUUUCGCUCGAAAAAACUAUCGUUUUUAGAGGCACAGGAAGAGGCCUUAGCGGCU